UCUUGGGUCUUCGCUAUAGCUAAGAGGUCAAUUCAACCUACUGCCAAGCAAGACCUGACAGACAGAAGGAAAGGUGCAAUGAUGAAGCAUUUUCUUCUAGUCGUGAAUAUCCUGGCAGUAACCUUGCCUUUUUUGGCUGCAGACAUACAAAACCAGGAACAGACAACGUGCCGUGAGAAAGAGGAAAGACUGUUCAACCAGAUUACAGCUCCACAUAUCCCAGUUCACUAUGUGAUGAACAGAUAUCCUCAGUAUGAACCCAGCUACUACCUACUCAGACAAGCUGUUCCAACUCUUAAUCCAUUUAUGCUUAACCCAUAUUACGUAAAACCAAUUGUAUUUAAGCCAAAUGUCCAAGUUCCUCACUGGCAAAUCCUCCCAAAUAUCCACCAGCCAAAAGUGGGACGUCACUCACAUCCAUUUUUUAUGGCCAUUCUCCCGAAUAAAAUGCAGGAUAAAGCAGUCACCCCUACCACCAACACCAUUGCUGCUGUGGAGCCUACCCCGAUUCCUACCACUGAACCAGUGGUGAACUCUAAAGUUAUUGCAGAGGCUUCCCCAGAGCUCAUCAUCAGCCCUGAGACUACCACGGAAGCAACUGCUCCAUCAGCGGCAGCAUAAUACUAAGGAACAUCAAAGAAGACAACACAGGUCUUCCUAAAACCAAAUGAUUUCUUCAAACUCUUCAGCAGCUGUUUGCCUCCAUCCAUCAAGAAAAGUGAUUUCACUCAUCCAGCUGCUUUUUCUUCUCUCAAUUUUACAUUCAUGCCACAUUUAAUUUUUUGUUUCUUGCACAAUAAAACCAA